AUCGAGUCACUAUGGAUCCACCACACCGUUCUAAUCAGCCCAGAAAAACGCGAUCAGCGUGCAACAAGUGUCAUACGCAGAAACUCCGAUGCACCCGCAAACCCGGCCAGUCACGGUGUGAACGGUGCCUGCGGCUGAAUGCCGAGUGUCGCUUUGCGCCCCGAGCAAAGCGGGGUUCCAAGAAGCCACGACUGCCUUCACAUUCAACCUCGACACAGGGGAAACAGAGCUCAUCAAAUCAGAUUUCCACUCCAAACACUGGGCUUAGUCUUGAUAUUGGGGAUCGCCUUGAGGAGUCCUUGCCCGCCGAGCCGUGGUUGAAUACACUCGGAUUGGCGGAUCCCGUCGAUUGUAUCAACUGGAAUAUCGAACCCGCUGGGAGCGCAUGGGAUCUAAAUAUGGAUACAGCUUGGGCAGUGGCGGACCCUGACCAGGUCGUUACACAGAAUGUCUGCACGAUGCAGGUGGCCUUGGACCCGAUGCCUUCUCCUGGCACGACGAGCACCCACGAGCUAGCAAAUCUCAGCAUCGCGCUCUACGAGCUCACAGGUAAGCUGCCAUCUGUACGAGACGAGACGCGUACCCCAAGCGAUAUUGCCGCUCAGAGCACCCGGCAAGCUCUCCCCUUCAUGUUCGACGAGCUCUUCAGCCUCACCACACAGUUCACAAACGUGAGCAAACACUACCUGUGCGGCAUAGAAGGUACCGACGAGCCAACGGCCCUGAUGGUUGGAUCAUGUCACUCCCGCCUCACGGGAAUAUACAUGGACAUCUUUUCCAUGAUGCAGCGCUGUGUUCAGCACACGGGCGGGCCACCGCGACCGCGACCAGACGGGACACUUGUCCUUCCGAGUGUGCAGAUGGGCCCCUUGAGUUGUCCCUCACUGCAUGUGGACUUUGAGAACCCGCUCUCGGUGGGGGCAGGGUAUAUGUACAUGUGGAUGGUUGCGGUUUUCUCAGCGCAGCUAUGGGGACAGCUGGCGGACAUCAUGCGGGAGCGGCAUAUUGCGACUGGCAGGUCGUCAGUGUAUGGUUUGUGGAAGGAGAUGGGGGAAAGGAUGGAGAGGUUGCUGGAGAUGAUUGAUAGCACGAAGAGCCUGCUCCGGUGAUAGGCUUUCGGGACUAUCGUGGAAAUGAAAGCCGACGACAAGGACAAACCAUAAUGACAGCUAACCCCUUGAGCAUAUGAGCCGCGCUGCAAACCGUAAGAUUGUUGACAAGGGGGAUCUUGAGUUUGAAUGGCGAGUGGGGUCCUUUCUCUCUGCAUGCCAGAGUCCUCUGCCCUACCGGCUUCUUUGUUUCAGCUAUGCCAUAUAUGGCUUUGUCCAGGUGCGCUAUGUCUGGCACAAAUCUGCUACUCAGCUGCAGAAAUCUGGACAAAGGAUUGUUUCACGAGGCAUUGUUUCCUCCCACUCAUUGCUUGAAAGCAGCCCAGAAAGCUGUUAGGGCGACAGGCUCACACAAGGGAGGGUUGAUUGUUCCUUCCACACGUAGAAAAGACAACCUGCCCACUGACAAGGAAGCACCAGCCAGGCUGCGACCUGUCCUCUUGUUCAAACUCUUCAAACUCUUUGUCCUUUCUGUCGCUUGCUUUGUGUCGGCUGCAUCCAGCAUGAUUGUGAAACUCCAGUGCGUCAUAGCCACAAACGGCCGAUCCGUCAUUGUUUGCUGAGAAGACUUUAAUAUCUCCUCCCAACCCUCAAAUGGCGACCAUUCCAAUUUUGACACUCUAACCAUAUAUUUAUUCCAUUCGAUAUCAUCCAUCUAAUUCUCCUCCGCGAUGCCCCGAAACGGAAAACGCAAACAACGACCAUGGGAGGCCGACGAGCCUACCUCCUCGCGACAUGCUGCAGUACGCAAAGACCCAUUCCGAUAUCUCUGCUGGGACUGCGCCAGUAUCGUCAUGUCUUAUCUCGACGUUUGCGAUUUAGCCCGCUGCGAGCGGGUCGACAGGGGCUGGCGGCGGUUUGUCCACGAGUGGAUGGGCGCCGCCGGCUUCUAUCAGCAGUUUCCAACUCUUCCAAAGUCAACGGUCAAUACGCUUGAAAGUACUGAAGCACGAGCUGCCGUGUUCAGGG